CUUUGAAGCGAUUAAAGUUAAGGAAAAAAGCACAAAAAGCACGAUGUCCAAAUUUUUGGGAGCAAUACAAGAUGUAUGGGGGAAAAUGACCUGUGUGGGUGGCGAUGGAAGUAGUGGGGAUGACAACAGCAAGAUUUGGAACACCAGAGAUGGCAGUAGUGGAGGCGGCAAUAACUCCAAUUGCCGCAACUGCAAGAAUUGUUCUAACUGCAGGGACUGUUCUAAUUGCACGAACUGUUCUAAUUGCACGGAUUGUUCUGACUGUAAGAAUUGUUCUAAUUGCAAGAGUUGCGAAGGCUUGGUGGACUGUUCCAACUGCUCAAAUUGCCAAAACUGCAUUGGGUGUACCAACUGCAGGAAUUGUUCGGGCUUGAAGAACCGCCACAAUGCGAGCAAUGAGCAUGGUGACGAAACUUCUGGCGAACUGUGAAGAGGGAGGAGGGACUGAUCUCGAAGUCGGGAUGCUUGAGAGGCGAGAGAUCAUUGAGCGCUUGCUGUACGAUACUGUUCAGCUUGUACUCGGCUAGUUAGGUUGAUGAAUACCACAAUCGAAACGCUAGGAUCCCGUUUCUGUAGACCAGUUUAUCUCAAAUUCCAGCAGGCAGCUUCAGGAGAAAUGGGGAAUCAGG